GAGGCUGAUCCUCAGAAUGGAACAAGGAUAUCCGGGAUAGCAGAUGAAAAGCUUCUAUAGUUUUACAGUGUUUCAAGCAUAACUGGAGAAACUGCAGUAGAAAAUGAGUGAAAUCUCAGAGGAGGAUCUGCAGUGUCCCGUGUGCUACGACAUCUUCACUGAUCCUGUGCUUCUGUUAUGUAGUCACAGUCUCUGUAGAGCGUGUUAUCAACAGCUGUGUGGCACCAGAGGAUUUCAUGAAUGUCCAAUUUGCAGGAAAAGAUUCACAGGAUGUCAUCCACCGACUAAUCUUGCAUUGCGGAACGUGUGCGAGUCAUUCUUACAGGAGAGAAAUGUGCUCUGCGAUGAGCACAGAGAGAAACUCAGACUCUUCUGUCUGGACGAUAAACAUCCUGUGUGUUUGGUGUGCAGAGAUUCAGAGAAACACCGUAAUCACACAUUCAGGCCUGUUGAUGAAGUCGCACCACUUCUGAAGAAAUCGCUUUUUAAGGACUACAACAAAUGGCUGGAGGAAUUGAAGACUGCAUUAAAACAUUUACAAGAAAAAAUCAAGACCUUUAAAGAAAUUAAACAAUCAUUUGAAGAUGCAGAACAACACAUUAAGGCUCAGGCGCAGCAGACAGUGAGAUGCCUGCAGGAGGAGUUUGAGCGGCUUCAUCAGUUUCUGCGAGAUGAAGAGAUGUUCAGAAUAUCUGCACUGAUAGAGGAAGAGAAUCAGAAGAGUGAUAUGAUGAAAGAGAGGAUUGAACAAAUAGACAGAGAAAUUGAAUCUCUUUCAAGCAACAUCAGAACUAUAAAAGAUGAUUUAGACGCUGCCAACAUGCCCUUUCUGCAAAACUUCAUGUUCUCAGAAGAAAGAGCCCAGAUCACACUGCAGGAUCCAGAGAUUCAUCCUGGAGCAUUGAUGAAUGUGCCAGAACACUUGGGGAACCUGAGGUUCAAAGUCUGGGAGAAGAUGCAGGAAAUAGUUACAAUCACUCCUGUCACACUGGACCCCAACACUGCAUAUCCUCUGCUGUUCCUGUCUGAUGAUCUGACCCAUGUAAAAUCCAGCGCUGAUGGACAACAGUAUCCAGAAAAUCCAGAGAGAUUUGACUAUUAUCACUGUGUGCUGGGCUCUGAGGGCUUUAACUCUGGACAGCACUGCUGGGAUGUGGAGGUCGAAAACAACACAUGCUGGUCUGUUGGAGUAACAACAGCAUCUAACCAGAGAAAAGGAAACGUGUUCUUUGAUGCUGGAGCGUGGCGUGUGCGCUAUAUGGCUGGCCAGUAUACAUCACAGUCACCGCUGAUGGCUCGCACGCAUUUAGCUGUUGAAGAGAGACUGAAGGUGAUUAGAGUGAAGCUGGACUGGGACGGAGGAAUGAUUUCAUUCUCUGAUCCGCUUACUAACACACAUCUGUGCACGUUCAUCAGCAUAUUUACAGAAACAGUGUUUCCCUUUCUCUAUAGCAGCUGUACAGAUUUCCCACUCAGAAUCUUACCUGUGAAGUUCAGUGUAACUGUGGAGGAGCCUAAAUAAAGCCUCGGAAAUAAAAAAAAUGUAAUGUGGAUAUAUACAUACACCGAUCAGGCAUAACAUUAUGAGCACUGACAGGUGAAGUGAAUAACACUGAUAAUCUCUUCAUCACGGCACCUGUUAGUGGGUGGAUAUAUUAGGCAGCAAGUGAACAUUUUGUCCUCAAAGUUGAUGUGUUAGAAGCAGGAAAAAUGGGCAAGCGUAAGGAUUUGAGCGAGUUUGACAAGGGCCAAAUUGUGAUGGCUAGACGACUGGGUCAGAGCAUCUCCAAAACUGCAGCUCUUGUGGGGUGUUCCCGGUCUGCAGUGGUCAGUAUCUAUCAAAAGUGCUCCAAGGAAGGAACAGCGGUGAACCGGCGACAGGGUCAUGGGCGGCCAAGGCUCAUUGAUGCACGUGGGGAGCGAAGGCUGGCUCGUGUGGUCCGAUCCAACAGACGAGCUACUGUAGCUCAAACUGCUCAAGAAGUUAAUGCUGGUUCUGAUAGAAAGGUGUCAGAAUACACAGUGCAUCACAGUUUGUUGCGUAUGGAGCUGCAUAGACACAGACCAGUCAGGGUGCCCAUGCUGACCCCUGUCCACUGCCGAAAGAGCCAACAGUGGGCACGUGAGCAUCAGAACUGAACCACGGAGCAAUGAAAGAAGGUGGCCUGGUCUGAUGAAUCACGUUUUCUUUUACAUCACGUGGAUGGUCGGGUGCAUGUACGUCGCUUACCUGGGGAACACAUGGCACCAGGAUGCACUAUGGGAAGAAGGCAAGCCAACGGAGGCAGUGUGAUGCUUUGGGCAAUGUUCUGCUGGGAAACCUUGGGUCCUGCCAUCCAUGUGGAUGCUUGAGGCUCCACCUCACAACUUACAGGAUGUAAAUGAUCUGCUGCUAACAUCUUGGUGCCAGAUACCACAGCACACCUUCAGGGGUCUGGUGGAGUCCGGUGGUCAGGGGGACCAACACAAUAUUAGGAAGGUGGUCAUAAUGUUCUGCCUGAUUGGUGUGUGUGUGUAUACAUACAUGCACACACUAUAUGGACAGAA